AUGGGCGCGGCUCAAUCACCCCCCCACCCCCCCAGCUCUACAAUGGAGAGAGGGGAAAUGCUGGCCGUGUGUCUGCUCUGCUGGAGCUGCAGUGUGUGUGUGGUUGCAGCCAUCCAGAGGGCUGAUAUGUUUCCUUAUGGCACUCUGAGUGGAGAUUUUAUUUUGGCGGAGGGCGACGAUGAGACCUCCAGAGUGCUGUCCCUGCCCAGACCCUUAUAUUUCUACGACUCCCUCUUCUCCCAGCUAUACGUGGCUACCAAUGGUAUCAUAUCAGCCCAGGACCUGCCGAUGGAAAAGCAAUACGUCGACGACGGCUUCCCCACGGAUUUCCCCGCGGUGGCUCCGUUUCUGGCUGACAUCGACACCAGCGGAGGACGUGGACAGAUUUACUACCGGGUGACCGAAACACCCAGUGUCCUCAACAGAGUGGCCCAGGAAGUACACCGAGGGUUCCCAGACGCAAAAUUCACACCCACUCAUGUUGUGGUUGCGACGUGGGAGAACGUCGCGGCGUACGAGGAACAAACUCGAACCAGUGGACCGUCAAACAAGCUCAACACGUUCCAGGCGGUCAUUGGUUACGAUGAGACCGACUCCUACGUUCUCUUCCUCUACCCUGAAGGUGGCCUCAACUUCUUUGGGACUCGGCCGAAGGAGUCUUACAAUGUUGAGAUAGAGCUUCCUGCUAGAGUUGGCUUCAGCAGGGGAGAAGUCACGUAUCUGAUCUUCUCCCGGACCGAGGGACCUCACUACAGCGUUACCAGCGACGAGCAGAGCGUUAAAAACCUCUACCAGGUCGGUAACACGGGAAUUCCAGGUGUUUGGCUGUUCCACACUGGAAACCGUUACUCUUUCAGCAACAUCGUUCCUGCAUCCAUUGGUGGCCUCCUUGCUACUCCACCGCCUCGAGGACACGGCCUCUCCUUGGAGACCACCACCCCUGAGUACGCCGAGUUUGAGGAAUAUCCAGACAACACAUUUGACCCUGAUAACCAGGAUGAAGAGGACGAUUACCCUCUGACAGGAGGGGACCCUGAAUUCCAGCCAGCCCCUGCUGGUGGUGACCACUCAGAGUCCUUUCCACCAGCAAGUCCGGACGCUCCCUCCUCCCCUCCAGAGGAUUCUGGUCGCCAGGCGACGUACGGCAGCGUAGAUGUACCGUUGACCUCAGAACCCAGGUACAUCUCAGAGCCAGAAGAGAGGCAGUAUGCUCCCCCUAAUCCUCCAGAAACGGCACCAGAAGGAGGUGCUCAGCAGACUCCAGAACAGCAACCUCAGGUUCCUCUGGAGGUGGUGGACGUCUACCCCCCUCACAGAAAUGAACCGCCUCUUUCCCCCGGGGGUCAUGUGGUCAGCGUGGACGAAGACGAUGUUGAUUUUGACACAGGAGUGAUUCAGUACACUACAGAGAAUAAGGAAACAUGUGCCAGAUUCCAGCAGCAGUGCUCCCAGAAUGCACUUUGCUCCGACUACGCCACAGGCUUCUGCUGUCACUGCCGGCCUGGCUUCUAUGGAAACGGACGCCAGUGUCUGCCAGAGGGUGCUCCACAGCGCGUUAGCGGUAAAGUGAGCGGAACGGUGACCGUGGGUUUGACUCCAGUGGAGCUGAACAACAUUGAUCUUCACGCCUACAUCGUGGUGGGAGAUGGGAGAGCGUACACGGCCAUCAGUGAGGUACCUGAGCCAGUGGGCUGGGCACUGAUGCCACUUGCACCAAUAGGAGAGCUGUUUGGAUGGUUGUUUGCUUUGGAGCUGCCCAAUAGCCAAGCAGGAUUCAAAAUCACAGGCGCCGAGUUCACCCGUCAUGCAGAGGUGAUCUUCUAUCCUGGCAACCAGCGCCUGUCAAUCAUCCAGACUGGCCGUGGCCUUGAUGACCACAACCACCUCACCGUGGACACUGUACUCAGUGGCAGCGUGCCCUUCCUGCCCCCUGGGGCUGAAGUUACCAUGGAUCCCUUCAAGGAGACCUACCAGUACUACCCAUCUGUUGCCACCUCCACCUCUGUGAGGGAGUUUUCAGUCGUUUCGGCAGAGCGAGGCUCCGAGUCCUUCUCCUUCCAGCUGAAGCAGAACAUCACCUACCGCGACUGUCGCCAUGACAGCCGCGCCGUCACCCCGGAGACGCUGCAGAUCACCAUGGAGAGGGUUCUUGUAAUGUACGUCAAAGAGGAGCGGAUCCUGAGAUACGCUAUCACCAACAAGAUCAGCCCAGUCGGAGUUGAGCCAACCGGGCCGGAGCUGGUCAACCCCUGCUAUGCUGGGAACCAUGACUGUGACACCACGGCCCAGUGCAUCCCACUGGAGGGCCAGGCCUUCCAGUGCCAGUGUGCCACCGGUUACAGAGGAGAUGGACGCAACUGCUACGACAUAGACGAGUGUGCUGAGGGCUUGAGUUCAUGCGGUGCUCACACGCAGUGCGUGAAUCUGCCCGGAAGCCAUCGCUGCCAGUGCCAGAGUGGCUAUGAGCUUGGUUUUGACGGGCGUACCUGUGUUGACAUAGAUGAAUGCAGCUCCUCUCCGUGUCACGUCAGUGCCAGAUGCAUCAACGGACUGGGAUCCUUCCAGUGUCGGUGCCUGCCUGGACUAUAUGGUGAUGGUUUCUCCUGCUCCCAGCAGGAAGGACAGACAGUUCGUCCAAAGAGCCAGUGUGAGCAGCACAGAGACAGUCUUCAGAGUGGAGUGGAACACACCGGUCGACCGAGUCUUGGAGCCUUCAUCCCGCAGUGCGACUCUGACGGACGGUACCGACCACUGCAGUGCCAUGGCUCCACUGGACAUUGUUGGUGUGUGGACAGUAGGGGGCAGGAGAGAGCAGGAACCAGGACUCCACCUGGUACAGCACCCAGAGACUGUGACAAACCAGAUGAACCAGAGCGUCCUAAAACUCACUGUGAGCACCACAGAGACAGUGUCCAGACCACCAGUCCAGAGGGGUAUCCAAUAGUUGGUGCCUAUGUACCGCAGUGUGAUGCUAAUGGCCAGUAUAUACCUUUGCAGUGUCAUAGUUCCUCUGGACAUUGUUGGUGUGUGGAAAGUAAUGGACAGGAGAGGCCCGGAACAAGAACACCACCUGGUACAACACCCACAGACUGUGACAAACCAGAUGAACCAGAGCGUCCUAAAACGCACUGCGAGCACCACAGAGACAGUGUGCAGACCACCAGUCCGGAGGGGUAUCCUAUCGCUGGAGCUUACGUGCCUCAGUGUGACGCUAAUGGACAGUAUAGACCAUUACAAUGUCACGGCUCAUCUGGACAUUGCUGGUGUGUGGACAGUAGGGGGCAGGAGAGAGCAGGAACCAGGACUCCACCUGGUACGCUGCCGAAAGACUGUGACAGACCAGAUGAGCCAGAGCGUCCUAAAACUCACUGUGAGCAUCACAGAGACAGUGUCCAGACCACCAGUCCAGAGGGGUAUCCAAUAGUUGGAGCCUAUGUACCACAGUGCGAUGCUGAUGGACAGUACACACAACUGCAGUGUCAUGGCUCUAGCGGAUAUUGCUGGUGUGUAGACAGUCGGGGACAGGAAAGAGCAGGAACCAGGACGUCACCUGGCGCUCCACCUACAGACUGUGACAAACCAGAUGAACCAGAGCGUCCUAAAACUCACUGUGAGCAGCACAGAGACAGUGUCCAGACCAGUCCAGAGGGGUUUCCUAUACUGGGAGCCUUUGUGCCUCAGUGUGAUUCAAAUGGACAAUAUACAGCUCAACAGUGCCAUGGCUCCAGUGGACAUUGUUGGUGUGUGGACGGUAGGGGACAGGAGAGAGCAGGAACCAGGACUUCACCCGGUACACCACCUGUAGACUGUGACAGACCAGAUGAACCAGAGCGUCCUAAAACUCACUGUGAGCACCACAGAGAUGGUGUCCAGACCACCAGUCCAGAGGGGUAUCCAAUAGUUGGAGCCUAUGUACCCCAGUGUGAUGCGAACGGACAGUAUAUACCAUUGCAGUGCCAUGGCUCCAGUGGACAUUGUUGGUGUGUGGACAGUAGGGGGCAGGAGAGAGCAGGAACCAGGACACCACCUGGUACACAACCUAAAGACUGUGACAGACCAGAUGAGCCAGAGCGUCCUAAAACUCACUGUGAGCAGCACAGAGACAGUGUCCAGACCACCAGUCCAGAGGGGUUUCCUAUACUGGGAGCGUUUGUGCCUCAGUGUGAUGCUGAUGGACAGUACACACCUCAGCAGUGCCAAGGUUCGAGUGGACAUUGCUGGUGUGUGGACGUCAGGGGACAGGAGAGAGCAGGAACCAGAACUUCACCUGGUACACCACCUGUGGACUGUGACAGACCAGUCCCUGUGGCUCCGACCCAGCGCUCCGAGAGCGUGUGCGAGCGAUGGAGGGCCAGUUUGAUUGAGCACUACGGUGGAAAACCAGAGCCGCAACAAUACGUGCCGCAGUGCGAGCCGGACGGACAGUUCAGCCCAGUCCAGUGUUACGGAGAGACCACGUACUGCUGGUGUGUGGACCAGGACGGCCGGGAGGUUCCUGGUACCCGAUCGCAUGACGUCGUCAAGCCUGCGUGCCUUCCCUCGGUCGCCCCGCCUACCGUGCGCCCGUUGCCCCGCCCAGAUGUGACCCCUCCGCCAAACACUGACAUCACACUGCUGUACGCUCAGGGACAGAAAAUAGGGGCGUUGCCUCUCAACGGGACCAGACUGGAUGCAGCUCGGUCCAAAACACUACUGACUUUGCAUGGUUCCAUAGUUGUUGGUAUAGCCUAUGAUUGCAAAGAGAACCGAGUCUAUUGGACAGAUUUGUCUGCAAGAACAAUCAACAGAGCUUCGAUGGCGCCAGGAGCCGAGCCUGAAAUACUCAUUAACACAAAUCUGGUCAGUCCAGAGGGCUUGGCGGUGGACGUCAAUCGUCGGUUGAUGUUCUGGGUCGACUCGAACCCUGACGUGAUCGAAACCUCCAACCUGGACGGCAGUGGGAGGCGGACGCUGUUUGACUCAGACUUGGUCAACCCCCGGGCCAUCAUAGUGGUCUCCUCCACCGGCACUCUGUAUUGGACAGACUGGAACCGAGAAGCUCCGAAGAUCGAGAGUUCGUCGGUGGAUGGUCAGAACCGCAGGGUGGUGGUGUCUGACGGCAUCGGUCUGCCCAACGCUCUCACGUAUGACUCCUCUGUAGGACAAGUCUGCUGGGCCGAUGCAGGUACGAAGCGUUUAGAGUGUGUAUCCCCAGAUGGUUCAGGCCGAAGAGUGAUCCACCCCAGCCUCAACUACCCGUUCAGCAUGGUCUACUACAGGAACCACUUCUAUUACACGGACUGGAGACGGGACGGAGUGAUCGCAGUGAGCAAAGACAGCAGUCAGUUCACUGAUGAGUACCUGCCUGACCAGCGCUCUCACCUGUACGGCAUCGCCAUAGCCACCAGCCACUGUCUAUCAGGGAUCCACUAACGACAGACUGGCAGCCGCGGGGUCCUUUGGUGCUAAAACUCUGGGGAGAUUCCUGAUCAGAGGGCGGGACCACCCGAAAAACUGUCCUCUCCAGUGUCCCUCAGAGGAAAGGACACUCAGUGAGGAGUAAGAUGGCUUCUUGUUGCAAGAUCGACCGUCAGAGCAAAUUUACAUCCCCUCCACUCACCCUGACCCCGACCCCAUUAUCUCACCUUAAAGAUAUAACCCCAAC